AUGGAGGGUGCAUCCCGCCAAACGUCACGGCUACUCCGGCCUCGUGGCCAGAAACUCCUUCCCCAACGUCUCACACGAACCUCCGCAGUCAACGCCACACCCUUCGCCCAGAUUCAACGACGGACCCUGUCAAAUUCCCCUCAGCCUCUUGCCCCAGAAUCUCUUUUCAACACCUUCAAAAGUGGCGGUUCCUACAACGAGGGACCCACCAGCUAUUUCUCCAACCGACAGACCCUCCCCGCGAACACCGUUGUGCGAUUCGUGCCGCAACAGACAGCAUGGAUCGUCGAGCGCAUGGGAAAAUUCGACCGUAUCCUAGAACCCGGUCUCGCGAUCCUCGUGCCAUUCUUGGACCGAAUUGCUUACGUGAAGAGCUUGAAGGAGGCGGCUAUUGAAAUCCCCAGCCAGAACGCCAUCACGGCGGAUAAUGUCACUCUAGAGCUGGACGGUGUGCUAUAUACGCGUGUUUUCGAUGCAUACAAGGCAAGUUACGGUGUUGAGGAUGCAGAAUACGCUAUUUCGCAACUCGCGCAGACGACCAUGCGUUCCGAAAUCGGUCAGUUGACCCUCGAUCACGUUCUUAAGGAACGCGCCAAUCUCAAUACAAACAUCACCAAGGCUAUCAACGAGGCCGCCCAGGAAUGGGGUGUCGUCUGUCUCAGAUAUGAGAUUAGGGAUAUUCACGCGCCGGAGGGCGUCGUUGCUGCUAUGCACCGACAGGUUACGGCUGAGCGCUCCAAGCGAGCCGAGAUCCUCGAGUCUGAAGGUCAGCGCCAGAGCGCGAUCAACAUUGCCGAGGGUCGCAAGCAGUCUGUUAUUUUGGCUUCUGAGGCUCUGCGCGCUGAGAAGGUCAAUCACGCUUCUGGUGAAGCCGAGGCUAUCAAGCUUAAGGCCGAGGCUACCGCGCUCGGCAUUGACGCUGUUGCUCGUGCCAUCCAGGAGGGUGGCGACAAUGCCCACAACGCGAUUAGUCUCAGCGUCGCUGAGAAGUACGUUUCCGCUUGGUCGAACUUGGCUCGCGAGGGCACAGCAGUUGUUGUUCCCGGCAAUGUCGGUGAUAUGGGUGGCAUGAUCGCCAAUGCCAUGGCUGUCUAUGGCAAAGUCAGCGAGACCCAGGCCCGGAGUUUGGCGAAGAAAUCCCUUGGUGUCGAAGGCGCUUCUCGGUCAUCAGAGACGUCGCAGAGCAGCCAGGUGCCUACCUUCUUUGAGGGGGCUGAGAAGAACACACAGUCCGAUAUCGCCUCGCAAACCGCCGAGGAGGGAUUUGAGAUGGCUGGCCUUGAACAAAAGAAAUAG